AUGUCACCAUCACAAUUCAAAUUCGCCAACUCUGAAUCCAAAGUCCCAGGAAAUGGUGCCCUUCCCCCAGAGUUUACCAUCAACGCACCAGCUUCCACGGAUAUAUGGGCCAAGCCGCCCUCUACCGCCCGCUUCUCAGCUCCGAUCUUGUAUAAGUCGAUGCCGCUAAAGUCAUUCAAGCGGAUCCGUGUCGCGUUCAAUGCCCCUUGGGAGAAAAACUAUGACCAGGGCGGCGUGAUCCUUGUCCUCAAUACCGCCAAUCGUGGCCAGAAGUGGGUAAAGAGCGGCAUUGAACUUACCAACGGCAGACCCCACCUCAGUGUCGUUGCCAAAGACAACUGGGCGGACUGGGGCUUACUUCCAGUGCCUUCGGGUGGUGGUGCAGCAACCCUUGAGCUUGUAAAGGAAAAGGAUGAUAGUCUGUGGAUCUAUCUUGUUGAGGGUUUGCAAAAGUCUCCUAUCCGGGAGGUCACUUGGGUCUUUGCGGAGGAGAAUGUGAAGGAGUUCUGGGUUGGUAUCUAUGCUGCCCGGCCAUCAAUUGAGGGCGGGGAGUUGCCUGUCAAUUUCGGUCAUUUGAUUGUAGACCAGGAUUAG